AGAACAGAGUUGCAUAUGCAAAAAUGGUUGGUUGUUUUGCUACCAAAUAACCUGCUAUCUGGACCUAAACUCUUUUAUCAAAUCCCCUAAACUCCAUCAUCUCUAGCAUGGCAAUUCUUCCAACAUUGCUAUCUUCUUCAAACCCCCUAUUUUUCUGUCCACAAAAUACCCAAAAAACCCUAAACCCCAAAUCUUGUAACCCUAACACCCAUCAUACCAAGAUCACAAGAAAGAUCCUAAUUUCCAGCAAGUUUCAUAACAAGAAAGCAAUUGCAGCUCUAAUGGGAGCUGGGUUUGCCCUAACAUUUACAACACCUCUUUUUGUGGGAGCUGCUGAGUUGCCAUCGUUGGUGGGUUCGUCCCUGCAACUUGUGGAACCUCCCAAUGCUCUCUCAUUGCCCACUUGGGCAAUCCAUGUUUCAAGCGUUGUUGAAUGGGUGACAGCAAUGAUUUUAGUAUGGCAAUAUGGGGAGGCAUCUGGAUAUCAAUCUUGGAAGGGGCUUUCUUGGGGUAUGGUACCCCUGCUAGGCGGAGCAUUUUGUGCCUGUACUUGGCAUUUCUUUUAUAACGCGGAAUCCCUGGAGGUUUUAGUUGCUCUCCAAGGGGCAUUGACGUUUAUUGGCAAUGCUACAAUGUGCAUAGCUGCGUAUCGAAUCUAUAAAUCAUCACAAGAGCGCUCCACUGAUGCAUAAGCAUCUGUUCCUAGUUCCGGCAGCAGUUUUCUCCUUCCAUCUUUCAAUCUGUAAGUUUCAAACCAUCAUCAAUCGUAUUGACAUCAUCUUGCGACGUGUCUCUUCUUUCGGUGUGUACAUUUGGAGGUCGAUAUCAAAGAUGAUGAGAUCGCCCCCCAAUCUCUACUCUUUAACAUGAAGAUAUUAUCACAUUGGUUCAGUGGCAAACAACAUAGAUGAAGACAUUAUUGGUAACUAAAUAAUUCAAAUCAUACUUCUUAGGUGUAGUGAUUGACUUUUUGACCAUGAUCAUGUGCGUAACCAAAUAAGAACUACAAAAGGUUAAGAACCA